AUGAGCGGCGACACGGUUCGCACGCUUCCCAACGGCUACGAAUAUGUGCUGGUCCACUUUUACUCUUCGGGCGAGGCGAAGGCCAAUAUCCUUCCAACUAUUGUAUCGUUCUUCGAACUAAUUGCUACUGUCGGACUGCUCACUGCUAUCGUGCUAUCUGCUGUUUUCACGCGUCAUGCCAAGGACUCGAACUUGUUUGUUCGCACCAGUCUUGUAUUCUACUUUGUAUCUGCUCUCGUAUGUGAAGCUCUGUCGGCACUAUCCGGUGUCAUGACCGCAACAUGGAUCUCGGACAUGCAGGUCUUCUCUGGUGGCCUAUGUACUGCACAAGGCUUCUUCAAACACUUCUCAGACGUGGGCCUUGCAAUCUGGACUGUCGUUAUCACAGUCCAAGCGUUCAUUGUCCUCUGGCGUGCGCAGGAGUCAUCUCAAGAUGGAUCCGCGAAAGAGUUCACAUUCGCGCUCCUCGGGCGCACCUUGCCCGCCAUCAUGUUCUACAAGUGGUUCAUCCUUUCGACUACGUGGUUCGCUAUCGGCUUCAUCGUCAUGCUUGGACCUGCUAUCGGGUCUGGUACCGACCACGGCGACUUCUAUGGUGUAUUCGGCGAGUCUUGCGGCAUUACGGCGGGGUACCUGCCCGAGAGUGUCGUGUUCUCAUCACUCGUUAUCAUCAUCGCUUUCCUUACAUCCAUCGGACUGUUUGUCUGGAUAUGCUACGCCAUCAAGCCGCGAAGCUUUAGGAACGAGUCCGAAGUGGGAUUCCCGGAGAAGAGUAAGGAUAAGGCAGGACGCCUUUCCGUCGAGGUUGCAAGGUAUAUGACCUGGUACCCGUUGGUGUACUUCGUUUGUGUCUUGCCUGCCAUCAUUGAGACGAUCAUAUACUGGUCCGGUACAGCCAUUCCGGUUGGUUAUUCGGUCUUCGUCGAUACAGUAUACCAUCUCAUGGGGAUCAUCAACGCCUCCGUCUUCGUCUUCACCCCCCAUCCCGGUCCACUCCUGCCCCACAAGCCCGAAUCACUUCUACCACCCGAAUCCCCACGCGAUCUUAACGCGGAAGCAGAGAAAGUCAAAGCGCAGAUCGUCGCUGCUGGCGUAUCUCUCGACGGCAAUCCAGACGACCCGCCCUCGCCACCAGAGCCUGUAUUACCGCGCGAGCCGGAGCCCUUGAUCCGUCGGCCUUCCCGUGGGCGCGAAUUGCCGUUCCCGGUUGCAACUGCGGGCGUGGAACCGGUGCAGGUGUAUGUGAGCUACGAGGUGGAGAGUACCGCCAGGGAUGGGAAGGUCGAGUUGACGCCUAUCUCGGAGAGGGCGGAGGAUCCUGGGUCCGCUGCGCAGGGCGAAAAGGUCACCACUCUUCAGCGCGGAAAGAAGGAUCGUUCGGAGGAAGAGCACACCGUCGCCGGCCCGAAACACGAUGGAAAUGUUGCAAGCGCGAAGGAAGUGGAGGCUUCGACUCCGGCGGACAAGAGCGAGACGAGGCAAUCGGGCGUACCCUCCAGCGUCUACUCGCAGAACUCGCAAGCAUCACCCACAGCCGCACACACUCCCACGUCCCCACUGCGCAUCGUCAUCCCCGCCCGCACAUCUACACGCCCAGGACGCGAUCAGCCCUUCCCCGUCGUCACGCUCCCAAGCAACCCGCGACCCAAAGGCGACGUAGAAGUGCGUGUCGAAGGAACAGAGAAGCAACCCGAAAUCACCAUCGUCGUCCAGCGCCAGCCGCCGCCCUAUCCGACAAGUCACUCUCCUCCCUCACCGCAAACCGCACCCGCCGUCUUCGACCAAUCCCUAGUCGCCGCCGUGCGCGAUGCUCCGCCCUCGCCCUCGCCCUCCCCUCUCGCCGGCUCGAAAUCACGCUUCGCGAAAGAGCAAGACCGCUGGCUCAAACGCGUCCGCACCGUCUCGCGCCGCACGAUCCCGGUCCCAUGGCUCCCGCAACGGCCCGACGGCGAGCCGCACUCCCCCGACUCGUUCAUGGACGCAGAAGCGGCCGCCAUCGAGCGCUCGCUGUCCCUAUCUGAACACUCGAACUCGAACCCCGACUCGCCGAACCUGAACGCGAACGCGAAGAGGAGAGUCCGCUUCGCGAGCCAGAGCCAGGCGUCGUUCCCCUCGAACGAGUGGUACGUCGGCCUCUUACAAGCCGCCGGGCUCGGCGCGCGCGUGUCGCGGCAGAACAGCAGGACCGAGCUCAAAGCUCAGAGUCACGAUGCCGUCGAUGUGGUGCCGCACUCUGCUCCUAUAGAACGCCGCGAUGUUGCCGCGGCCUGGAAGCCGUACAGGGACGCGUUCAAAGCCGCCGGGACGGGUACGGCCGCUACUUCCGCCGCUACGAGCCCGCUGAGCCCCACCCAAGCUGAAGCCGACGCCGACGCCGAGUCCGAGGCGACGCUCUUAUCCGCGAACGCGUCGCCGGAGGUCAAGAAGGGACUGAGCCUGGGAGAGGCGCUGCUGAAGCCGUCCAUCAUCGUCACGGACGUCGACGUCGACGUUGCCGCGGGCGAGGACGGGCCGGUGUCGGGCCUGGACGACGAAGUGCUGGUCGCGCAGAAAGCGCGCCGGCCGGCCGUGCCCGCGCACAGCGUGCUGCUCCAAACAGCCCGGCCACACACUCAGUCAGAAGCGGACCUCGACGCGGUGCUCAGCAAAUGGGGCGCGAAGAAGCGCGACUCUGCUGUGCUGCCUACUGCGGCCGCGGAUGAGAGGACUGAUGCUGCUGUUGGUGGUGGGGCUGCUGCUGGGGAGUACGGGAUGGAGUCGGUGUGGACCGUGCGGCCUGUUCCGGACGAGGAGGGCGUGUGGGAGUGCGAGGAGAGGAUCGUGGACUUUUAUAUGAACUCCAGGUCGAGCCUGAGGGAUACUUUGAUUGCGGCUGCUGCGUACUUGUGCGGAUGUUGGUUGGGCAGCAGGCCGAUAUCGUGGGCGACUUCUGCGUGCGCGCAUAUGAUCCAGAAAGCAAAUUAUUCGUGUAAGCAUGGUGCUCAUCCUCAUCUUUCUAAGGUACUAGGCCUUCUCGGGCUCAUCGUUGCGCCCAUCCUGAACACGGCAGCAACAGUACACAGUACAAGAUAG